ACAUAGACAAGACAUUUUGAUGUUUUAGGUUAUUUUAUGUUUUUCCAACUACGCGGUUCAAAACAUUCACUUGUAAAAUCGUUUUAUUAAUGACUUCAAAUAAUUCAUUAAAUGGGAUACAACUUUAAAAAUGAGAUUCAAAAUUUCAUUUCCCAAAGAAUCGAUUCAUACAGAAGCAGUCUGUUGUGUGGGAUGGAAUAGCUCUGAAGAAAUAUUCUCUUUAGGUGAUGACCAUGUAUUGAUGAAGUGGAACCUGAUCACAAGUGAAACUACCAAAGUAUGUGAGUUAUCAGCUGACAUUUACCCUAUUGAUCUGCAUUCAUUCUCAAGAAAUCAAGGGAAAAAACAAGGAGUGGACCAAUUACUAGUGACAUCUUCAGAUGGUCGUUUCCAUUUACUUGGGAAAAAUGGAAGAAUUGAAAAAAGCGUGGUAGCUCACAAAGGGGCCGCAUUGGUUGGUAGAUGGAGUCAUGACGGUGCCAGUUUAUUAACAGCGGGAGAAGAUGGCCAGGUCAAAAUAUGGUCAAGAAGUGGAAUGCUGCGUUCAACUGUUGUACAGGGAAGUAGUGUAGUGUACAGCACUUGUUGGAGUCCGGACUCCACCCAUAUUCUCUACACGUCUGGCAAAACUCUAGUUAUCAAGCCACUAGCUCCAAACACCAAAGCCAAUUGCUGGAAAGCACACGAUGGAAUCGUGUUGAAGGUGGCCUGGAAUUAUGGGAAAGGUCUUAUUGUUUCCGGAGGGGAGGAUUGCAAGUAUAAAGUGUGGGACUCUUAUGGCCGUUUGUUCUACUCGAGUUUCCCUCACGAAUAUCCAAUCACAGCCCUCGCCUGGUCGCCGGUCGGAGAUCUUUUCUGCGUUGGAUCAUACAACACACUGCGGCUGUGCGAUAGUGCUGGAUGGUCACAUUGUCUGGAGAAGCCUCCAACUGGAAGUAUCUACGGUCUUGCCUGGUCGAGCGAUGGAACUCAAGUAGCUGGAGCUUGUGCCAACAGAUCGGUCAUCUUGGCUCACGUCAUAGAAAGGCGCCUGGAAUGGAAAAAUAUCGAAGCAGUGAUGACUGGAAGAAAGACGAUUAUGGUGAGAGACGUGAAUAGCGAUGCAAAAGACAAGUUGGAGCUGCCUGAAAGAAUCAUUCACCUGGCUUUGGGCUACAAACGUUUGGUUGUAAUCACGCCUGCUCAAUGUUACGUGUAUCUCACUAGUAAUUUGAAUACACCAAUCAUAAUAGAGCUGAGAGAAGGUUGUGUUUCUGUUGUGAUCUUGGCUGAAAGACAUUUCCUUAUUGUGGAAAGGAGCUCGAUGGGUCUCUACAGCUAUGAGGGAAGACUGAUAGCCACACCAAAGUGGCCAGCGACGGCUCUUUCCUAUGAUUCUUUGAAUGUGAUGCAUAUCACUCUGUCGCCGGAAACCAUUGCACUUCGAGACAAUGCUGAUGACAAAGUUAUACAUUUGUACGAGACAAGUGGAGACGGUAGUACAGUUCCGUUGAGUCUCACGCUUGGUGUGAUGCAAAUAGCGCUGAGUCAGGCUGGAUCGGCAGCCGAUAGACAGCUGGCCUUGAUCGAUCGCAACAGAGACCUGUUCAUAGCCACUGUCGUCGCAAGAGGCUCCAUCCACCGCAAAAUUGAAAAGCUUGGUGUGAUGGUUCAAUCAAUGUGCUGGAACAGCAGUGUGAAUAUGCUGGCUGGAAUUCAAGAUACUGCUCUCACUGUCUGGUAUUAUCCUUCUGUUUUGUUCUCUGAUCAGAGGCUUACUCGAAGAACUACUGUUAUGAAGGAUGCCACUGAGUUUGGCAAAAGCCCAAGUGUUGUGAGCUUUGAAGGCAGUCAUAUUGGUGUGCGGCGGUCUGAUGGGGCGCUAAUUAAUAGUUGCAUCUCUUCUCACAUCACCAUUCUGCAUGGCUACACCGCAUCAAAUCUGUGGCAGGAUGCUCUGCGUCUCUGCAGGGCAUUGAAGGAUGAAACAAUUUGGGCUUGUCUAGCUGCGAUGGCUGUGAAAGCCAAGCACCUGGCAACAGCAGAAGAAGCAUAUGCAGCUAUCAAUCAAGUUGAUAAAGUGGCAUACAUUCAACAUAUCAAGAAAAUUCCUUUGCCAGCUGCGCAGUUAGCGGAAAUGUCGCUUUUGGGAGGAAACGUCCAAGACGCUGAAUCUCUUCUAUUGCAAAAUGGACUGGUUUUCAGAGCUAUCAUGACAAAUCUUCUAACUCAUAAUUGGAACAGAGCUCUAGAACUGGCUGUGAAACACAAGACGCAUGUGGAUACGGUUUUGCUUUACAGAAAGCAAUAUCUGAGUGCAUUUGAUAAAACUGAAACAAAUCGCCGUUUCAUGCAGUUUACGAAUGAAGUGGAUCUGGAUGAAGAUAAAAUUGAACAAAAAAUUGCUUUUGAAUAUGAAAAGGAGAAAUCUCUUGUACACUAAUUGAUAUCAUCAAUGCAGAGUUAUAAACAUUUCAUAGUCAUAUUCUCUUUUGAGUCAUAAUGAAAAGGAUAAAGGAUCGCAAAUUGAUUUUGAUUAGUGACUUUCGCUUUAGAGUACUGUUCAGUUCAGAAAUGAUUCCAUAAACCAGUGAUUGUUAUCGUUAAGUUAGCCAGAAGUCACCAUUAAAAAUAACUUUCUACAUUGAAAAACCUUUUGUCAUGAAUUACUUUAGUCCUUUCUUCAAUGUCAUUUACAAUAAUUAUAAUAAAACCCUUAUCAUAAUAGUACUAGCCUGCACUUCUAGUGAUUUUUCAAUUUAUGUAGUUUUUGAGAAAGAUUAGCUGCACUAAAUCAGACGAUUAUUAUGUUUACAAGCUAUGAGUAGAGGGUGUCCUCAAUGAGUGAUCCUAAUAGAGUGAGCAGAAUCUAACUGACAAACCAAACCCUUAAAGGUGUGAUUAAUCAAACUCAUGAAUCCAACUGCACAGAAAAGAAGUAUGUAA